GGAUAGCGACAGAGCGAUGGGUCGUGUCAGGACUAAAACCGUGAAGAGAGCAGCGCGCGUCUUGGUGGAGAAGUACUACACCAGACUCACCCUCGACUUUCAAACCAACAAGAAGAUUGCCGAGGAAGUAGCUAUCAUCCCCUCCAAGAGGCUCCGCAACAAGAUCGCCGGGUUCACCACUCAUUUGAUGAAGAGAAUUUCCCGGGGACCUGUUAGGGGUAUUUCUCUCAAGCUCCAGGAGGAGGAGAGAGAGAGACACAUGGAUGUCGUUCCUGACCGCUCUGCUCUUGACGCCGAGACCAUUGAGGUUGACGCCGACACCAAGGACAUGCUCAAGGCUCUCAAUGUUAACUUGUCCAACGUCCAGGUCACCCAGGCUCAGGGUGGUCAGGCCUUCGAUCGUCCUCGCGCUCGCAGAGCUUAAAGCACAAUCAAUUAUUGAAAUUCAAACGUACAUUUUGGAAAAGCUUCAGAGAAAUAAAAAACCCAUCGAAGUAC